AUUAUUGGCAGAGGACAAUGAGCUGUUGUCUUUAUUGGUGAACGUUUUUCAUGAUACACUGGAAUGGUUCGUCAACUCUGGAAAUGGUUUUAUAAGCCCACCUUGUCUACAAUACUUCGAAGUCUUACGUAUAUUAAAUGAGAUAAAUGAGAAGUAUGGAUACCCAGUGUCUCGUCGGCUAUUCUGGCUUCAAGGCUUAGAAUCUGGUCCGCACCUAGUCCUAGACAUUAUGUUGUACGCCAUCAGCAUCGAAACACAGCAGAAGUUCUUCACGUUGCUCGAUGUACCCUUUCUUCUCAACGUCAGAACAAAAUGGAAGUUCGUGUCAAUAGAAGCUGUGAUAACCACGGAACGCCAUAUUGGAAAGGCAGAUGAAGAAAACCGCGUCAGAAGAGAGGCCCCAGCACCAAUCAUACCAACGAGUCUUCAAUUCGACGUCGAUCGCGAUAAUAUCGUCCAAUCGGCGAUCAAUAACGUAGAUAAAUAUUGGAACUGUGAGGACAAUUCGGAAUCCGUAUGUGUAUGGCUGAUGCCCAUUGUCGUCAACUUCAGAAGGGAGUCAGCCAUAGAUUUGGGAGGUCCCAGUAAGGACUUCUUCCAUCAUCUUUUCUCCGCUUUGCUGGAUUCAGGUAUGUCAAUGUUUAGGAAGAUUGAUGAACAAGCUACGUCAACAGAUGUGUGGUUCAACCAGGGGUAUUUGGAUUACGAUACCUUGGAGAAGAUUGGACUCCUAUUUGCUCUAUCAAUCUACAAUGAAGCUGUCACUACUGUGCCCUUUCCCGAGCAACUCUACGAAAAGCUCCUCUCAAACAGGGAUCCAGACGUUUCUGAUCUAGAGAAAAUGGACCAAGACUUUGUCAAACAGCUCCACGGGCUUCGUGAACUAAGGGAGGAAGAUGUUAACGCGCUGGAAUUGGACUUCAGCGAUCUCCGUCCAAAUGGAGAGACAAUAGAUGUCUCGAAGGAAAAUUUGGAAGAGUACAUCAAUGAAAUGGUCAAUAAACGCUUGGCCAUUCCGCAGCUUACGUCCUUCGCCAAGGGAUUCAACAGGAUAGCCUCGAAUACACCUCUACUGAGAAGUAUAUUCAAAGCAGAAGAUCUGAGAGAUGUUGUCCUGGGAGAAGAACUGGACUGGAAUGCUUUCAAAUUUAGUGCUAUGUACCAAGUCCCAUACGUACCAGACCACCCGGUCAUCAAGAUAUUCUGGAAGGUGUUUGAUGAACUGGAAGAACGGGAGAAGAGACAGUUCCUCAAAUUCCUUACCGGCGCUGACCAUGUUCCCGUCGGUGGCUUCGUUCCCUUUCCGAUCCGGCGCUUGAACAACCUUGCUGACAAAUAUAGAAACCCUGUCCAUCCUGACAAGUACCCAGAGCCUGGCCAGCUGAUGCCCGAGGUCAUGACGUGCAGGGGAUUCCUAUCCAUGGAUCUACCCGAGUACGAGUCCGAAGAGGACUUGCGUUUCCGACUCAAGUUGGCUAUUCAGACAUCCGGGUUCCACCGGGAGGGACAGCACGCAUCCUCAGCCACCACCCCUUAUUCGCCAAUGCUGCGGCAUGUUAUGCGCGUUGGCGCACAGCUCAUGAUGGGUGGAAGGCGAUAGUCCUGGCCUCGGGUUGUCCAUUUGUACAAGUGUAGUGUGUAAUCAAAACUCGAAAGUGUCCAAUAGCUGGUCCCGGAAUCGCGUCCCGAAAAUCUGGACGGUUACGGCUCAUAUCCAAGCCAAGCGAACCACAAUCCACUGACCAGAGUAAUACAAUGAUUUAAAACACUAAGUAUGGACUGAUGGAUGUCUAUCACCGAUCUUCGUAUUCUCGUUGGCACCUAGGCCUAAUUUAUAGACCUGCAACACAGGGAUAUGGCGUGAAAUGAAUGUACUGUUACCACCGUGUGGGUAAGAGGAACAUGCACGAUAUUUUAGAUGAUACGAUGCCCGUACGUGCACAAAUAAAUAUGUCAAGUAGAGUUUAAUACCCGGGGGGGGGGGGGCACUUUUAUUGACGAGUGGAUACCAUGCACGACCAUGGGGUUUUGAAAAGCACCCUAAACAAGUAUUUUCCAUAUUCUGAAAAUAAGUUCCUUAACAGGUAUUGACGUGUGAAACCCUAACCUAAACAAGUAUUGGAAACAAAACGAUGCUCUCGGCAAGCAUUUCUUGAAUUGACCCCCUAAACAAGUACAGCCUUAUUAAUUGUUAUGUCAUGGACGUCGGUUGUCGGUUUUACCUUUACCUACAUCAUCCCACACCUCGUACAAAUCGUACUCUAAAUACGUAGUGUUGACUGUUUGGGCAAAAAGUAAAUCCUUUAUAAAACAUUUUUUCCCCUCACAAAUUCAAGUUAAGUAAGAGAAAAAAGUGCAAAUGGAAUUAGAAAUGAUAUUUACAAUAGUGCAUAAAAGAAAGUUCAUGUCAAUUUUUCAAAAAAUUCGGGUCGCAUCACGCUCGCAUUAUUGAUAUAGUCUUUAAAAAUACCUAGUCUUGUAGAAAUAAAGCUAACAGCUCACAUUAUGUAAAUAAGUGAAGAAAAUACAAAAGAAAUGAGAAUUUGAUUUUUAAAGAGUGUAUAACAGGGUUACAACCAUGAAAGCCGAUAAGAGCCCUGAAAAUGACUAAUUUUUAGAUCAUUUUUUUUCUCAAAAAUUUGAGCUUGCGCUUCGCACUCGAAUUGUUGAUACAAUAAUUUACAAGUUUUAAUCUUGUAUACAAUAAAGUUAUAAAUUAUGAUUAAGACUUCGGUCUUAUAAGAACUACCCCCCCCCCCUCCACUGACAGAUGUGGGUUUCGGAGGCCAUGAAUCCGCAAGAAAGUUUCACGACCAAGAAAGGAUAAAAUAAAGAAAUGAAAGGGGAAAGGGUGAAAUAAGAUCUUUUAAAGAUAUAUUUUAAAAUAUGUCAAAAUCUAUCAUAAAUUAGAUUUUGUAUUAAGUAUUCAUUUCAUUCAUUUAUUCACACCUUUGUCCUUUUUUAUCUUUUCUCUGUGUCUUUAUCUCUCCUUUUCUUGCCUUCCUUGUUGUGUUCUCUUUCUUUCGGCAACUCAUUAUUCAGCCUCCUAUUUUCUAUAGUGUUUUAAUACAUGUACAUAUAUUUCGUAUGAAUAUAAUUAUCAUUGAAUAAUAUAUCUAAUUUAACAAUCGUAAUUCAAAGAAUUAUAAAUGUAUAAAUACAAUUAUAUCGAUUUGUCUUCUAUCGUUUUAAAGUAAACUUCAUGUUAUAAGAUAUGAUGGCUGUCAUGUGCAGACGUGUGGCUUAUUGAAUAAAAAAAAAUACUAUUACUA